AUGGCGAAGAUGCUCCCAGCACAGGAGGCAGCAAAAAUCUACCACACUAACUAUGUGAGGAAUGCCCGGGCCAUGGGGAUCCUGUGGGCACUCUUCACCCUUUGCUUUGCUGUGAUCAUGAUGGUGACUUUCAUCCAGCCAUAUUGGAUUGGAGACAGCAUCGACACACCACAGGCUGGCUACUUUGGCCUCUAUUCCUAUUGCAUUGGCAAUGCCCUUACAGGAGAGCUCAUCUGCAAAGGUAGCCCUCUGGACUUUGGCACCAUCCCCUCGAGUGCCUUCAAAUCAGCCAUGUUCUUUGUGGGUAUCUCCACAUUCCUUAUAAUUGGCUGCAUCCUCUGUUUCAGCAUGUUUUUCUUCUGUAAUGCAGCCACGGUCUACAAGGUGUGUGCUUGGAUGCAGCUGGCAGCAGCUACAGGUCUGGCAAUAGGUUGUCUGCUUUAUCCAGAUGGCUGGGACUCCCCAGAGGUGAAACGCAUGUGUGGUGAGAAGACUGACAAAUACACACUAGGUGUGUGCACAGUACGUUGGGCAUACAUCCUUUGCAUCAUUGGGAUCCUCGAUGCCCUCAUCCUCUCUUUCUUGGCAUUUGUGUUAGGCAACCGGCAAGACAAUCUCCUUCCAUCUGAUUUCCAAAUAGAUAACAAAGAAGGACUUGAAUGA